CAACAGCCUUCAACAGCUGCAAAGCGAUCGGUGGGGUUGGCGCCCAUUGUCGCUUGGCUUCAGUCCCUUUUGAAUGACUGUUUCAACUGGGUUUCGACUUUUCUCUUGACCAAGUCUCUACGACAGUCAAACAUACUCUGCUACAGACACCGUCAACAUGAAAUUCAGCGAUAGAGGAAUAAUCACAUGAGCGUAAGAUCGGCCAAGCUUCACUUUUGACCCGUUGAAGCGACCCGUAUUUGAGGCCCAUGAUCUCAUGUUCCGACCCCGCCUUCUUAAUCCCCCGGGCGAUAAUACCUUGUAACCCACAACUUUUCCCCCACAUUUCACUCUUGUCUUUCUCAAAGCCUUAUCAUGGAGCGCGUCAGACAGCUUGUUUCUCAUUUGACUCCUGGAUCCUCGACAGGCCUGGCUGCAUUGGAGCGAAAGAACCCGGACGAUGUGGUCAUUACAAUGGCUAUACGUUCCCCACUUUGCAAAGCGGGGAAGGGUGGAUUCAAAGAUACCAGGUCUGACGAGCUGAUGACUGAGAUAUUCAAGCAUGCCAUCGCACGUUCUACAGUAGACCCCGGUCUCGUGGGUGAUAUUACUGUGGGCACCGUAUUGACACCCAGUGCACCUUAUGAGGCCCGUGCCGCCGCCCUUGCUGCAGGCUUCCCUGACCAUGUUCCAGUGCAAACUAUCAACCGUUUCUGUUCAUCUGGCUUGAUGGCUGUCACCGACAUCGCCAACAAAAUCCGAGCAGGCCAGAUCGCCAUUGGACUUGCAGUCGGCGUUGAGAGCAUGUCUCAACACUCAGAUGCCAAUGCUAGGGAAUUCAGUGAGGAAAUCAAGGCCCAUCCCGUCGCUCGUGAUUGCGCCAUGCCUAUGGGCUGGACAUCUGAGAACGUGGCUGCCGAUUUUGACAUCUCUCGUGCUGAAAUGGACGAGUUUGCUGCACUGUCAUACCAGCGCGCCGAGCAUGCGGAGAAAUCUGGAGUGUUCGCUCGUGAGAUCGUACCGUUCACCGUUUUUGUGAAGGAUCCUGAGACGGGAAAGCGCACGACAAAACUGGUGAUCAAGGACGAUGGUAUCCGGUACGGCACGACCAAGGAAGGAUUGACCAAGAUUCGCCCCGCGUUCCCGCAAUGGGGACGAGGGCAGACCACUGGUGGAAAUGCUUCGCAAGUUACUGAUGGUGCAGCUGCUGUCAUGCUCAUGCGGAGAAGCAAGGCAGAGGAACUUGGGGUAAAGAUUCUGGGAAAACAUGUAACAACGGCAGUCGCUGGCCUUGCUCCGCGCAUCAUGGGUAUCGGACCAGCGUAUGCCAUUCCGAUGGUUCUGGAAAUGGUCGGAAUCACAAAAGAUGACGUUGAUUUGUUUGAGGUAAACGAAGCGUUUGCGUCACAAUACGUGUACUGUGUCAAGCAACUUGGUCUCGAUGUGGAGAAGGUGAACGUGAAUGGAGGUGCUAUUGCCUUCGGUCAUCCACUAGGAUGUACAGGUGCCCGCCAGAUUGCGACAGGGUUUAAUGAACUUCAUCGGAGGAAAGGCAAGGUAUGCACGUUGUUCAUUCAUGAGCGGUUCCAAUGCUCAGGUUCUCCCAUGGAUAGGUUCUGGUGACUUCGAUGUGUAUUGGUACUGGAAUGGGUGCUGCUGCAGUGUUUGUACGGGAGACUUGAGCUUGUAUACUCUGUUUUGUGUUUCCUGGGUGUAUAGUGGCUUUCAUAAGAAUAUCAAGUGCCCAAGAUAUCUAUCUUUUCGUCUUCUCUUCCAUACCUAAGCCAGGAGGAGAACGCCAAAAAUACAACCGCCGUGAGUGCCGGUGC